AUGGCGACGCCCAUCGCCUGCCCGGCCCCGGCCGCCCUGCUGCACCGCGAGCCCAGCAGGCCCGUCCGCCAGACCCGCCGCCUCUCGUCGCCAUGCGACGCCAUUCCCAGCGUCGUCGUCGCCGCGACGCAGCGCGUGCCCAAACCGCCCUCGCACGCCCCUGCGCCCCGCCGCCCUGGCUCGCCGCAUUCCUCGCCAAAACCCGCGCCCGCCGCGUACCCACCCUCCGGCCACGACUCUGUCAUCUCCACGCCCAGCUCGCCCGGCCAACUCUACUCGCAGAGCGCCUCGUCCAGCUCAAAUACCAGCCGCGAUGCCCGCGAUGCCCGCGAUGCCCGCCAUAGCCUCGCCCAGUCGCUGCCCCUCGCCGCCGACGACGACGAGAAGGCCGCCCUGUCGCUGCCCGUCCAGCCCGUCGUGCGCGCCAGCCCGCCCCGCAGCAUGGUGCUAGACCUGGAGAAGCAGAGCUACGCCCCUCAGUCCAACAACCGCCGCUCCGUCAGGAACCACCUGUCCGCGAGCGGUGCCCCGGACCCCUACCCUCCCGCCGAUGCGGACGAGGUCGAUCUGGAGGACAAAGCCUUCAAGAUCCUCCUCCAUCUCUCCGGCUUUGCCUGCCUCGUCUCGUUCGCCAUCUCGCUCUGGACUCUGUUCGCCGUCGUCAUUGCUGCCCUGCUGCAGCCGCUGCGCUUCUGCAGCAUGCGUCCCAACUACCGGGAGCAACUCGUCGACUUCCUCAGCCCCUCGCUGCGCCUGCAGUUCCGUCUCAUCUACAGCGCUCCCCUGUCGUCCAUGUACAACACCCCUCUACUAUUAAUCGUCUGUCUCCUAUCACCUUUCGUCGCCAUCGGCGUUGCCAUUGCCGCCUGGAUCUCCGCCUCGUUCUGGAUUUUCGCUGCCAUCAUCGGCGACCCAGGCCCCAUGGACGACCACAACGAUGGCCGUGAGGCUGUUCUCACCGUUCGCGCGUACUGGGAAUCCUGGCUUCUCCGGGCCCUGAGAUGA